ACAGCUCAAACUCAAAAUGGCGGAUUUUCAGAAAAACGGGUCGGAGCUCUGAAGCAUAAAACAAAUAUAGAAAUACAACAGAUAUUUGUGUACAGAGAAUAUUUAACCACAUAAAUAUAAAUUCGUUCGCAGCGGGGAUGACGUGUGCUUCAUUUUAGUGCUUUAUAGAGAUUUCACACUGCGCUGUUAGAAUAUCAGCUUUGUGAUCAAAAGGGUGUGUGUGUGAUUGUGACGGAGAGAUGGCGGAGGAGCGCAGGCAGAAGGCUUGUUCAGUGCUGUUCUCCACUGAGUCGAUGAAGGUGAUGGCGGAGUGUGUGGGCGUGUCCCAGCUGCAGGAGGAGAGCUGUGUAGCCCUCAGCGAGGAGAUCAGCUACAGGAUAAAAGAGAUCACUCAGGAUGCGGUGAAGUUCAUGCACCAUGGCAAACGACGCAAACUGACGACAAGUGACAUUGACCACGCCCUCAAACUGAAGAAUGUGGAGCCUCUGUACGGGUUUCAGACUCAGGAGUUUAUUCCGUUUCGCUUUGCGAGUGGUGGAGGACGUGAGCUUCACUUUUAUGAGGAGAAGGAAGUGGACCUGAGUGACAUCAUCAACACGCCCCUUCCCCGCGUGCCCCUUGAUGUCUCACUCAAGGCUCACUGGUUGAGUAUUGAUGGUGUUCAGCCUGCAAUCCCAGAGAACCCACCUCCUGUAUCUAAGGAGCAGCAGAAGACUGAGUCAUCGGAGCCUCUGAAGGCAGUUAAACCCGGACAGGAGGAUGAUGGCUCCAUCCAGAGUAAAGCCCAGGGUGCCUCCUCUGCAGAGGUCAAAGGAAAGGAGAAGUUGCGUCUGAAGCCCCGCAGUACACACGAGCUCUCUGUGGAACAGCAGCUCUACUAUAAAGAGAUCACUGAGGCCUGUGUGGGGUCCUGCGAGGCCAAGAGAGCUGAGGCGCUGCAGAGUAUCGCCACAGAUCCAGGUCUGUACCAGAUGCUGCCCCGUUUCAGCACCUUCAUCUCUGAGGGGGUGCGUGUGAAUGUGGUUCAGAAUAAUCUGGCGUUGUUGAUUUACCUGAUGAGGAUGAUGAAGGCUCUGAUGGAUAACCCCACCCUCUACCUGGAGAAAUAUCUGCACGAGCUCCUCCCUGCAGUGAUGACAUGUAUAGUGAGUAAACAGCUGUGUCUGAGGCCAGAUGUGGAUAAUCACUGGGCUCUCAGGGACUUUGCGGCUCGUCUCAUGGCUCAGAGCUGCAAAACCUUCAGCACCACCACCAACAACAUCCAGUCCCGCAUCACCAAGACCUUCACCAAGGCGUGGUUGGAUGAAAAGACCCAGUGGACGACUCGUUACGGUUGUAUUGCUGGUCUUUCAGAGCUUGGCCCUGAUGUGAUAAAGACGUUGAUAAUUCCUCGUUUGACAGUGGAAGGUGCUCGGAUUAAGGCAGUGACUGAGGGACCUGUCAUGUCCAACAUCGAUAAAAUCGGUGCUGAUCAUGUGCAGAGUUUACUGCUGAAGCACUGUGCGAGUGUGAUCUGUAAGCUGCGUACAGCUCCUGAUGUGGUGGAUCAGUACCGAUCUGAUUACGGGUAUUUGGGUCCAAUGCUGUGUUCACAUGUCAUUAAAGCUCGAGCACAGAACGUCCUGCAGAGUCAGAGUGUGAACAGAACCACACUAACCAUCACACAGUCGAGACCGUCCCUGUCUGUCUCUCAGAGUAGUGUGAGCAGUGUGAGUGGAUCUCGGACUCCCAGUAUAAUUAAAGUUCCCAGCUCUCUCACGCUCAUGUCCACUCGGCCGGCCACGCCCACACAACCAUCACCCCCGGCAACCAAAUACAUCGUCAUGGCCACCAGCGCAGGCUCCGCCUCCACACAGCAGGUGAUAACUCUAAGCUCCUCCCAGUCUGGCUCUCCUGUCACCAGCACAGUGCCUAGUGGCUCUGCCCCCCUGCAGCCACUUGUUAAGCUGGAGUCAGGGGUCACGGGGUCAGUCUCAGGGUCACGACCUGUACAGAAGUACAUAGUAGUAUCUUUGCCUUCAUCAUCAUCAUCAUCAUCGCUGGAGAAGAGCAGCACUUCACCAAUCAGCACCGAGAGCAAACUCGAACACACAGACACACACAUGAUGGGCUGAAAACAGAGACUCUCUCACACACAGAUACACACGCAUACAUGAUGGGCUGAAUACACACACGUAUACAAACACAUGAUUGGCUGAACACACAUACACACACAGAUACAACCAUGCAAAUGCAUGCCUCCACACUGUACUCACACACUGUGGACUAUCCAGGAUGAGCUGGUGUUUCCUGUCUCAUUAUUAACUGUACAGCUGCAGUACUGAUGCUGUGUUAAUGGUGUGUGUGUGUGUGUGUGUGCGUGCGUGCGUGUGUGCGCGCGUGUAGAGUUGUGUAGAGUAUUGUGUUGUGUUUCUCUCACAGGUAUUAUGGGGUUAAAAGUUUUCAUUAAAAUGUCUGCUUUCAUGUUUGGAAUUGAUUUUUAUAUCCUGUAAUAAAUGUGACUUUUUAAUCCA